AUGUCCCAAACAGCCUCGGUCCCCGAAAUCCUCUCCUCAUUCACCGAAAAAUGGUCGCCGCGCCUCAUUGCAUCAGUCAACGACCAUCACGUCAAAGUCGCCAAGAUCGACGGCUCAUUUAUCUGGCACGCUCAUCCCGACUCUGAAGAGCUCUUUUAUCUACUCUCUGGAAAAUUGACCAUGGAGAUCCAAGGCGACAAGCCUGUUGUUAUGAAGGAGGGGGAUAUGUAUGUCGUGCCAAAGGGAGUCACGCAUAAGCCUGUGGCGGAGAAUGCUGUGAUUAUGAUGGUGGAGAAGGAAGGGACUAUUAAUACGGGGGAUCAGAUAGAUUCUGAGAGGACAAAGCAAGUGAAGGAUGUAAGGGGGGAUGCAUGA